GGCCAUCCCAGCACCUCGACCCCACUUGGUCGGGUCAAGAUGGCGCUGAUGGCUGGAAUGCGCGUCCAGGCGCGCGCCCUGCUCCGGGCCUGGCUCCCGGGCGCGGCCCUCGGACGGACCGAGUCAGCAGUCAGCGGUGGAGUCGGCGUGCGACGUUUCGGGAGCCAACGGGUGCUGGUGGAGCCGGACCCGGCCGCAGGAAUUGCUGUGAUGAAGUUCAAGAACCCCCCGGUGAACAGCCUCAGCCUAGAGUUUCUGACAGAGUUUGUCAUCAGUCUGGAGAAACUGGAGAAUGACAAGACCUUCCGAGGCGUCAUCUUAACUUCGGACCGCCCCGGGGUCUUCUCUGCCGGCUUGGACCUGAGAGAAAUGUGCGGAAGGAACCCAGCGCACUGUGCUGAGUACUGGAAGGCCGUGCAGGAGCUGUGGUUGCGGCUCUACCUGUCCAACCUUGUGGUGAUUGCCGCUGUCAAUGGAUCUAGCCCUGCUGGAGGCUGCCUGAUAGCCCUCACCUGUGACUACCGGGUCCUGGCUGACAACCCCAAAUACCUCAUGGGGCUGAAUGAGACCCUGCUGGGCAUUGUUGCCCCUUUCUGGUUCAAAGAUACCCUUGUGAACACUAUUGGGCACCGUGCUGCAGAACGUGCUCUGCAGCUGGGGUUGCUCUUCCCGCCAGCAGAGGCUCUCCAAGUGGGCAUGGUGGACAAGGUAGUGCCUGAGGACCAGGUGCAGAGCACAGCACUCUCAGUGAUGGCCCAGUGGCUGGCCAUUCCAGACCAUGCUCGACAGCUGACCAAGAACAUGAUGCGAAAAGCCACAGUAGACCGCUUGGUGAAAGAGCGUGACUCGGACAUCAAGAACUUUGUCAGUUUUAUCUCCAGAGACUCCAUCCAAAAGUACUUGCAGAUGUACUUAGAAAAGCUCAAACAAAAGAAAGGCUAACAGCUGAGCUGCCCACAUAGGGUUUAUGCAUAUUCACUCUUCCGGGGACCUUCUGGUCCCAAGGGGUUUUAAACAAGAUAUUUUCUGAUUUAAAAGUCCUGUCAGCUCUUUGUUUUACUGAUCUUCCCAAAACGCCCUGUUCCCUGUAGCCAAGGCCUAAGGCCCACCACCACAGAAGUGCCUUUUCUGCCUGGCAGGUGGGCAGGGUGGGGUUGAUGGUGCAGUGUCUGGAUUUGGGAAUUAUGAACUGGCAGGUGGAACUCUUCUGGAUCUUGGCAGUGUCACUACUGAUUGUCUCCUUUCCCAAAGAAUUGUGACUAAAGUUCUCAGG